AUCAGGCUCAGAUGGAUGGUUGUCGUCGUGUUUACAUUUUGAGAAAGUUGGAAUUCUGUCUUCGUUAGAACUGAAAUUUUUAUAGUAAUCAAAGCUGUGUAUGCCACAUUUUGCUGUUUAAGAGAGUCCAGCCCUUCAGCAGGAUGGGCCAAACUAUUGCAAGAGCUGCCCAGUGGACAUCAGUCAGCGAAGGAGGGGAGGGCAAACUUGAAUUCAAUCAUGCCAAUGAAGUCCUUCUCAAUAGCUUCAUCAAAUUCGUGGAGGCUUUCCCGUCAAAGCACCCACAGGAAGCUGCUAUCGUCUUCAAGACGCCUUUAGUCUGGAAGACAUCACUUGACACAUCAGGGUUUAGUGGGGACUACGAACGCAGUGAUGAUGGUUUGCGCUCCAAGGCAAAAGACAGCAACGACCAGCCCCUCCUUUUCAUUGAGAAGCUGGGAGAGUUAAACCAGAAGGUGCAUGUAUAUUCCCUCGUGGAGCUCAACAAUGUACUGAAAGCAGCUGGAGACAAGAAGGUGCAGGAAGCUAGAGCUAUCCUUGAAGCAAACAGAGACCCUGUCGCAAAGAUUCUUGGUGAUGGCUAUGCCACUGUUGAGGGCGAGGAUAACUCCACGCUGCGUCUCCUAGAGCAGACCAGUAAAGAUGCGGGAGACAGCUCGGCAGAGGAGAGUCAGAUCAAACUCCGCCUCCUUCUACUCACUCAGCAGUUUGAUAUGGAACUCAUGAGAAACAGCAUCAAGGAACUCUCACAAGAGAUCCGUUUGACCCCCCAGCUAGUGAAUAAUGAGAUUCAUCUCCUGCAGUCCUUUGCCGGCUCAGACAGUAGCUGUGCCCUGGAGAGCAUCAAGCAUGUCUCGGAUUAUGAGUUUGACAAUGGGUGCCGUGCCCCGCCCUGGCGGCAGGUCAAUGGAGACAUCUGUUAUCUCAUCAUAAAGCCACUAGAUGGAGAGGAGAUGUCCGUGACUGCUAACACCAGUGGCUGCUACUGCAAUAAGGGAGUCACAAGCAAUGCGGACGAGUCCAACUAUGACCGGGACGGCAACACAUAUAAAGAUCUGGUCAGUCUCCUAUCAGCGAGGAGCAAGAAAUUCCAAGACAUGAUAAACAGCAAAGAGUUUGCUCUCCAUGAGGAAAAGAAGACGGAGCAGCUCAACGCCUACGAAGAGAACGGCGAUGAUGACGAACUGGACAGACCGGCCGAGAAGGAGAAAGGCAAGGAGGAGAAAGAAGAGAAGGCAUCCAAAGAGAAGAGCAAGAAGAUUAAGAAGAAAGCCUCCCCUGCUAAGAAGAUGCAGCCCACACUGAACUGGAAGAAUGAAGAGAAUAAAGCAAAGGCAGAGAAAGCUGACAAACCAGAGAAGAAAGUGUCCAGACAGGCUAGUGACCGUAAGACCAAGACGCCAGCCCUGGAGGAGGAGUACUCCGAGAGUUCAUCUGAGAGUGAGGAAGAGGAGGAGUCAACAGAUCGACGUCAGGAGCAGAACUCGGACCUGCCUUCUGAGUACUGGCAGAUACAGAAGCUGGUCAAGUACCUCAAGGGUGGGAACCAGACGGCUACAGUGAUUGCCCUAUGUGCAAUGAGAGAUUUUAACCUAGCUCAGGAGACAUGUCAGCUAGCUAUCAGAGAUGUAGGUGGAUUAGAGGUCCUCAUUAACUUGCUAGAGACUAAAGCCAUCAAGUGCAAGAUCGGCUCGCUGAAGAUCCUGAAGGAGAUUUCUCGAAACACACAGAUCCGUCGUGCCAUCGCCGAUCUUGGCGGUCUGCAGACCAUGGUAGACAUUCUACAGGCAUCAGACAAGGACCUUAAGUGUCUCUCAGCCGAGACCAUCGCCAAUGUGGCCAAGUUCAGAAGGGCUCGCCGCACAGUCAGACAACACGGUGGAAUUAGGAAACUUGUGGCACUUUUAGACUGUGCCCCCAUCGGCUCCGUCCCAGUGACUCCCGAGUCUGAGAAGGAUGUUGAGGUUGCGCGCUGUGGCGCCCUCGCUCUGUGGAGUUGCAGUAAGAGCACAAAGAACAAGCAGGCAAUUCGCAAAGCUGGUGGCAUCCCUCUACUCGCCAGGCUGCUGAAAUCACGCAAUGAGGACAUGUUGAUACCGGUAGUGGGGACUCUUCAAGAGUGCUCUUCAGAGCAUAGCUACCGUCUAGCCAUCCGGACCGAAGGAAUGAUUGAAGAUCUGGUCAAGAAUCUUCACAGUGAGAACCAAGAGCUUCAGAUGCACUGCGCCAGCGCCAUCUUCAAGUGUGCCGAGGAGAAGGAGACCAGGGACCUGGUGCGUCUCUACGGAGGCCUGGACCCCAUGGUGGCUCUACUGAAUAACUCAGAGAAUAAGGAGCUACUGGCAGCAGCGACAGGCGCUAUCUGGAAGUGUGCCAUGAGCCCGGAGAAUGUCUCUCGAUUCCAGGACCUAAAAGCAAUAGAGCUCUUGGUGGCGCUUCUUAACGACCAGCCGGAGGAGGUUCUUGUUAACGUCGUUGGAGCUUUGGGUGAGUGUGCUGCACAGGAACCAUCCAACCGAGCAUCUAUCCGUAAAGCUGGAGGCAUUCCGCCACUGGUUAAUCUACUGACGGGUACCAACCAGGCUCUACUAGUCAACGUCACAAAGUCCGUUGGAGCUUGCGCCACCGAAGCUGAUAAUAUGGGAAUCAUUGACCGACUGGAUGGUGUGAGACUUCUCUGGUCUCUACUGAAGAACCAGAACCAACGAGUCCAAGCCAGCGCUGCGUGGGCCAUCUGUCCAUGCAUUGAAAAUGCAAAGGAUGCAGGUGAGAUGGUGCGAUCAUUCGUGGGUGGUCUUGAGCUGAUUGUCAGUCUCCUCAAGUCUGACGAUCGAGAGGUUCUCGCCAGCGUCUGUGCCGCCAUCGCUAACAUAGCUAAGGAUGAAGAGAAUCUUGCAGUCAUUACUGACCAUGGUGUGGUCCCAAUGCUAGCCAAGCUAGCCACUACCACUGAUGAUAAGCUGAGGAGGCACCUUGCCGAUGCCAUUGCCCGUUGCUGCAUGUGGGGUAACAAUCGCGUAGCAUUCGGUCAGAACGGUGCUGUGGCCCCGCUGGUUAGGUAUCUCAAGUCACCGGACAUCAACGUACACCGUGCUACAGCAGAAGCAUUGUUCCAGCUCUCUAGAGAUCCUAAUAAUUGCAUCACGAUGCACGAGAGCGAGGUAGUCAAGCCUUUGAUUGACAUGGUUGGCUCUGAUGACCCCGCCCUGCAAGAGGCUGCCGCUGGCUGCAUUGGAAACAUCCGUAGACUCGCACUGGCCAAUGAGAAGGCUCGUUAUAAAUAGAUGACCAAUGAAACGUUGGUUUAUUCCAAGUUCGAAAUAUAAAAUACAAAAUCUAUAGGCUAUGCUUUUAUCUUAAUGUUAUUGAUGCAUUGAAACAUAGAAUACCGAGUGAUUUUCUUCAAAAAGAUUUGUUUUCACCUACGUUUCUGCAAUGAGUUACUCAAACAUUAAAUAAUGUACAUAAGUUCCAUGGUGUGUGUGAAAAUAUGUCACAUAACAGUUACCCGGUUCUUCUAGGGGGAAGUAAAACUGUCAAGCAUCACUCUGAAUCACUUACGGAUCGCUUAUCGCUCAUAAAACCAUUCCAAAUAACCUCACUUAUAAGAUUGGAUGCUCUAUCAUAAAGAUCAUGAGCAUAUUAGAAGCAAGGCUUACUUAUAAGUCAAGGUGGCUAUGCAAAACGGAUGUAACAGUACUCAAGAAAGUGUUGUGUUCUAUUUGUCUUAUGAAAGUAUGGUAAACAAUAUGGUUUGGCCUUCUUUAUACCGACAGUGCUUCUAUGACUUUAGUUCUGAGUCGAGGGCCCUAUCACAUGGAGCUGCUUUAAUAAGCACAAUCAAAGUUACGUUUCCAUAAAGUGUAAGCAAUAAUUUCAGGUUGUUUUUUGGCUCAAAGUCCUGUCAGUUAAGGUGUUCCACGAAGAAUCUACUUUCCUGUGUUUCUUUCUACCAAUGAUAUGAGUAAUAAAGACACACUUUCACUUUGUAUCUUCGGUUUCCUACAAUUUAGUUUUGUACUUUGUGUCAAUAUGUAGGUAUUUGCUUCCAUUUAAUACCUUGUAUAAAUUGUAACGAGUUUGGAGCACUAAAAUAACAAUUAUUCUACUUCCUUUAGUUAUAAAAAAAUAAUUAAUAUUUGUGUAAUAUAUAUAACUUCUUUGGGUAUUUGUAAAAGAAUGCAGUGUGUAAAAUAAAUAAUGACGAUGCCUUUAUGUUUCAUAUUAUCAAAUUCACUGAAUGUUUUUUCUUAAUGAAUUUAAUUGAAGUUCUAUUUUUUCAAUAAUUUUAAAUUGAAACAGAAAGAUUUUAGUUAAAUUAUUCCGUCCACAAUAAGCAGUGAUUCCAAUGUGCCUUGAUAUCAUCUACUGUAAUAAAUUCCGUCUCUUAAAUAAAUGAUUUGACUAUUGGUA